CAGUUCUAGAGGUUGCUUCGAGAGGAAUUUUCCAGGAAUGUGAGAAACAGAGCUUUCCACUUCUAGAUAAUCUCAAGAUAGUCUCAAAGUGAUACGCAUGUUUCUUUUUUUUUAAUUGUGAAAUUUCAUCAACAGCUUUUGUCUAUCAAUCACUCCAAAAACAAAACAAAAAUAAAGUAAUUAUGUUAUUAUUGAGUGGAAAAUUAACAACGGAAUGAAUACUAAAAUAGUGAAGCAGUUUUCCUCCAAGAAGAUUAUGAAUGAGGGAAAAUUAAAUCCAAACCAAUUGAGAUGUGUUGUGAAAUGGUGAAAUCAAAAGAGUCAAGAGUGUGGUAAAGAAUAUAAAACCCGGAUAUACAAUUUAAUGUGUGUCUCAUCUCUCUUAUUCUUCAAGUAAAUGACUUCUGGGUGAUACAUUUGUAUAAAUUUAUUAGAUAUCAUCAAAUUAAAUAAGACACUAUUUGCCUUCAAUACAUAACUUCCCGCACACAAAAAAAGCCUCUGGGCAACAAGUGUUUUUCAACUAUUUUUCCUUCGAUUUUCUCCCUGUCUUUUUUUCCCACCCAAGACAACACCUCCCAAAAACCAAAGACACAAACUCUUUCGUGAGACAAAAAGUGAAAAGAAUUAAUUGCAAAAUUGGAUUAAUAAAAAUCAAGUGAAUAACAAACACACCAUAUUGUGGCAGUGAAAAGUCAAUUUUUGGUGACACUAUUUUCAUUUUCAUCCCAAAAAGAGGACACAGGGGACGACCAAGCGACUGAGUCUGACCAUUUGGGAAGUAAAUGACCAAGGAGCUGAGUUGAGUAUCGUCUUAUUACCCUCAAUUAAACCCCAGAGCACCAAAAGUGCCAAAGAGGGGUGGAAUUAAUCGGGAUAAUGGACUACAAUUGCUGCUACAUCCACUCUACCAUGCUCGAGAUACUCUGGGAAGAUGAUUGGAAAUCUUGUGAAAUUGUGGGCAGAAGGAGCUAAAUACCACUCACUGGAGAAUCUGUCGAGUGUUGCUGAAGGCUGGAAUCUCAUGGAGAGCUCCACACAGUCAACGUUUCUGGAGGAUGAUGGGAUGUUUGCUGUGACUAUCCUGAGCAAUACUACAUUUGAGGUUGAUAGUGUGGAGUAUGAGAUCAAUUGGCCAUAUACAGCUCUGGAGAUUCUUGUGGGACUAGUAGCUGUAAUUGGGAAUGGGAUGGUGAUUGCAGUCUUUCAGAAGGAGCGACGUCUCCGUCGUCGAACAAACUACUACAUCGUCUCACUGGCCAUUGCAGACUUUCUAGUUGGACUCUUGGGAAUCCCAUUUGCUGUUUUAGCCUCCAUCGGACUGCCUACAAAUCUUCAUGCUUGUCUCUUCACGAUAUCCACCCUUGUUGUCCUCUGCACCAUCUCAAUCUUCUGCCUCGUGGCCGUUUCUGUGGAUCGCUACUGGGCCAUCCUACAUCCCAUGGCAUACUCCAGAAAUGUCCGCACAAAGACUGCCAUUGUGAUAAUCUCGAUGUGCUGGGUGGCGGGCAGCAUCGUGGGAUUUCUGCCACUUUUCGGCUGGCAUCAGGACCAGCCCGUGAAUACGGCGUGCUUAUUUGAGGGCGUUAUGAGCUAUGAUUAUCUGGUGUUCCUGUACUUCGGCACCAUCAUUACACCUGCCAUUAUUCUCGUUGGCUUCUAUGCCCACAUCUACCGCGUGAUUCUCAAGCAGAUCCGUCAGAUAGUUACGAUGAAUCCUGGAGGAGUGUCCAGCCGACGGUCAUCAUCCAGGAAGAGCACAUCCUCGAGCACACCAACUCUCCGUACGGCCAAUCAUACAUCAUCUGGCGGAACUAUGCUCAGGGUGCUGGGAGCUGCCCAGAAGCGUGAAGUCAAAGCUACUCAGAAUCUCUCGAUAAUCGUACUGUUCUUCAUGAUCUGCUGGAUUCCACUGUAUACAGUGAACUGCAUUAAAGCAUUUUGCCAGGACUGCAAUGUACCUCCCAUGAUGACAUUUAUCUUUAUCAUCCUGUCGCACUUGAACUCUGCAGUUAAUCCCAUUCUCUAUGCGUAUCAUUUGCGUGAUUUCCGAGCAGCUCUCAAGAGUCUCCUGAUGAAGUUCCUGGGUCGCCAUGAAACUCCUGCCAAAGUUGAAGUCAACUAUCGUUUCUCCCUGGCCAGUCAGAAUCGCUUCGACAAGAGACCUUCUAUCCAUCCGAGGAUUUAUAUUGACUCUCCAGUCUGGAUGAGGCAGCAGCAGCAAUUGCUCAACAGUGAGAGGAAAAUGCAACGCAAUGGAGCUGGGACGAUCCAGAACAGCCUCACGAGCGUCCAUCAAACUGUCGCUGCUGUGGCUUCUGUCACGGGGGAUGCCAACCGAGAGAUGUGGAGGAUUGCUGAAGUUCCCAGCACAGCAGAGGAAUCCAGCAAGUGCAAUGACAACUCAUUAGGACACACAUCUUUUCCCAGUUAUCACUUGGGUACCGACAGUGAGGACUCUGGCUGUGGGAAUCCCCUGUCUGCGGGUGUUCCGGAAGACUGUGACAGCGACGAUGACGUCUUUAUGCCGCCAGGAGUCUUCUUCACCAAUCUCGACCCACAAGGCAUCCCGGAAGAAGAUGAUUUCCCGCAUCAGAGCUUCUCCACAGAACUUCCAUUCCAUGAAGUCACAUCCCACGAGGACUUGUCCGUUACUCAGCACUCGCACGACACCCACGACACUCCGCGGCGAACAUCGGAAACAUCAGAAAUUGAAUUGCCGCCAAUUUUCACAAUUGCCACCAAUUUUGAGGAAAAUCCAACAAAAAUGUGCCAUUUUCAGCACGGUGGAAUACGACAAAUGGAAAAUCCCGAAGUGGACAGUGAACUAAUCCGGGUGUUGAACACCCGGAAAAGAUAUCCCUUCCGGAAAGCCUUCUCGGACGCUUGAAAAGCACCCAGAAGGAGGAAAAGACAAAUUGCGCUAAAGAAAAUGCCCCGGGGCUAUUUGAUGUUGUCUCGAAAGCGAUAUUAUUGGUAAUUGUUAGAGAUUAUUGUGUGAAAAAUACGAAAAAAUAGAUAAAUUGUCGCAAAAA